AUGUAAGAUAAUUCACAAAUGGGACGUUUAGGUACUGGGAUCCUUGCACAAUAAAUGUAAUCAAUUUUUCAAUUUGUAGCAUGCAUAUUCAACACAGACAUAAUUGUAAACAAAGUGAUCAGGAGUUAAUAAUGAUCAAAAUAGCAUGA